AUGCAGCAGCUCUACGCCACGCUGGAGAGCCGAGAGGAGCAGUUAAGGGACUUCAUCCGCAACUACGAACAGCACAGAAAGGUAUGACAUGUCACACAAACACAUACAAUGCUGGGCAUGCAGCAAAAGGCUUGAGUAGUUAGCUGUAAUUAAUAUACAAAGUACACAUCAAUCGCACGCUUCAUAGACGUUGUGUAAUGAUUGUCAUGAACUUGUUAUGUUAUUGGGGUAAGUGAUUGAAAAGAUGAAUGAACGUGUCUGAUUCCUUACUCGAUCUAACACUAUUCCUAUGGUCUAUUGCUCUCCCUUUCUCUUAUCUGUCUCUCGCUCUCUCCCCCUACCACUCUCUCCCCUCCCUCUCUCUCCCCCUACCACUCUCUCCCCCUACCACUCUCUCCCCCCCCUCUCUCCCCUCCCUCUCUCCCCCCCCCUUCCACCCCCCUCCCUCGCCUACCACUCUCUCCCCCCUCUCUCCCCUACCACUCUUCUCCCCCUCCCUCUCUUCUCCCCCUCCUCUCUCUCCCCUCCCUCUCUGUGCCCCUUCCUCUCUGUGCCCUCUCCCUCUCUGUGCCCCCCUCCCUCUCUGUGCCCCUCUCCCUCUCUGUGCCCCUCUCCCUCUCUGUGCCCCUCCCUCUCUGUGCCCCUUCCUCUCCUGGCCCCUCCUCUCUGUGCCCCUCUCCCUCCUGCCCCUCAUCCCUCCUCAUUCUGCCCCUCCCUCUCUGCCCACUCUCUCCUCAUCCCUCUCACUGCCCUCUCACUGCCCUCUCUGCCCCUUCACUCUCACUACCCUCCCUCUCACUGCCCCCUCUCUAUCCCUCUCACCCCUCCUCUCCCCUCCCCUCUCUCUCUCCCCUCCCUCUCUCUGCCCCUCCACCCCUCUCCUCCCCUCCCUCUCUCCUCCCUCCUCCCCUCCUCUCUCUCCCCCUCCCUCUCUCUGCCCCUCCCUCUCUCUUCCCCUCUCACUGCCCCUCUCUGCCCCCCUCUCUGCCCCUCUCCUUUUAAUUUCCUCUAUCCCUACACCUCUCCCCUUGUCUCUCUGUCAGGAGAGUGAGGAUGCGGUGAAGGUGCUGGCUAAGGAGAAGGACCUGUUGGAGAGGGAGAAGUGGGACCUGCGGCGGCAGACCAAGGAAUCCACGGAGCACGCCGGCGCCCUGCACUCCCAACUGGACCUGAAGGAGAACAGGAUCAAGGAGCUGGAAGCAGAGUUGGCCAUGGUGAGACACACACACACACACUCCUACAUACAUACACACAGACACGGAACAUACACACACACAAAAGCACACAGAUACAGAAGUGCACACACACGUUCGAGCCUGUUCAGCAAGCCAGGGUAAGUGGAAACUUAGAGGUUUGUUGCAUCUGUGUUGCUAGAUCAUUACACUCCUUCUACACACCAUGAAGAGCAGACCCUUUCCAAUGUGUGUGUGUGUGUGUGCCCUCCCUGUCUCCCCCCUCAGAUAAGUAACUGUGUGACACAGAAAAUGGAAUACCGGGUGUUUGAUCGCCCCGUUGACAGGGAGCCCUCCCCUAGGGUCAUGGCGGUAAGAACGGUCCCCCUGCUCGCCCCUCUUUGUGACCUCUCUCUCGCUCUCUCUCUUGCUCGCUCGCUCGCUCUCUCUCUUGACGCGUGCCCCAAUCCCCCUGAUAUUCUCUCCUGUGUGAAAUUAUUUCAUGGAGUCCUGUAUGCACCGGACCUGGGUUCAAACAGUAUUUGAAAUCUUCCAAAUGUUUUUCGCUGUGCUUGAUUGAGCUUGCCUUGUGCAACGGAAACCAAUGUGCCAACCCCGUCCAUCUGGCACUCCAGGCAGGCUCUAGCAAUUGAAUACUAUUUGAACCCAAGUCUGGUAUUCAGGUGUAUAACUAACCCCCUGGUUGAUGCCAAUGGUCAUAUAACCUCCUUAAGGCAUGAUCCCUAAGUCAAUUUGUGGAUGAUUUGAAUGUGCUCAAUCUGAUUGACCCCUUUCUUGGUUUCAUGUAACUCCUGACUGGAAGGAUCAUCUGGUGUGGUUGUGAGGAAACUGCAUUGAUUAAUUAAUUAACUGAGUUCCCCAUAAGGGCUCAUGGUUUGACCAGGUAGAUGGUUGGCACUCUGUCCUGCAUGUCUAAGGAUUGUGAACGGGUGAUUAAGGUGGUGUUGUUGGUAAUCCUGGUGACGAGGAUGAUGAUGAUGAUGAUGAUGAUAAAAGGGUGACAAUGAUGGUGAUGCUAUGGGUGGUGAUUAUGGUGGUGUUAGUGAAGAUGACGGGGUGAUAAUUGUGGCGAUAAUCAUAAUAAUGUUGUUCGUAUCUUGCUGCCUGGCAUGACAGUAUUAUUUCACUGUACAGUACAACAUAAUGUCACAAAGCAUGAUGCGCUAGCCAGUUAACUUUAAUUCUGAAAUAACUUCAUAUUUCCAAGUUAGGCUGAUAUUAGCUUAGAAACUACUUAGCAAAAAAAUAAAAAAUUGACCAAACUAUUUCUCAAUGUUUCACAAAAUGACUGUAGCUGACUAAUUUGAUCAUGCUUUGUGAUAUACCCAGUUUUAUGCUGUUUAGUCCACACAACAUGUCGCCCUGUCACCUACAGUAGAACCUGAUGAAAACAAUCAAAUUGGCCAUGCUUUUUUGUCCUACCAGAUCCAAGAUGAGAAGGUUCUAGCUAGUGUGUCCCUCGGUCCUUCGGCUCUUGUUGGAUCCAGUUAUCCGGGAUAUCAGGUCCCAGGCUCCCAUGACUGUUAUGAUUAUUUAUUUACAAGUUAAUGACAAUUAGAUUUUUGCUUUAGCGCCAUCUCUACCUGAUAGAGCAGAUCUAGUCUCACGUGCGGUAGUGAGCCGUCUGAUGCGAGAGACUCAUUGGGAGACUAGAGCAGACCCAGAAGUUCUGACUGAACGGACGCACAUUUGAGUUCCCCAGGCCGGUCUAUUUACUUUGUGUUCUAAUUUAUGCUAUGAAAUCCUGUGAUAUCAUUGGGGCAGUUCCCCCUCAUGGGCUGGCCGCCACUGUUAAAUUCUAUCUUGCGAAGAGUCAUGAAUAGCCAUCUUGCUGUAGGAAAAGGUCACAAAAUAGGCAGUGGUUAAUGCUGCAUGGGGCUGAUGUGUGUGUUUGUGUGUGUGUGUGUGUGUGUGUGUGUGUGUGUGUGUGUGUGUGUUCCUAGGCGAAACAGUCUUUAGUGACCCUGACCAAGGAUGUGCCCAAGCGGCACUCUCUGGCCAUGCCCACUGAGGUGGUUGUCAACGGCAACAACCAGGAGUGGGUGAUGCACGCGGACCUGCCCCUCACCGCAGCCAUCCGUCAGAGUCAGCAGACCCUCUACCACGUCCACACAGGCCACCCCACUGACAGACAGGGUAAGACACACACGCACACACUCAGACGCAUUCAUCCACAGACACAGGGUGACACUGGUGGUGCUGCAUUGCAGCGAUAUGUUCCUGACGUCUUGACGUGUGGUAAAAAAAACGUAUCUGUAUAUUCGUCUGACUUUACAAACCAUUGCUUGCUCAUAGUUGGUUAAAAUCACAUGACGCUCACCAGAUUAUGUCAAAAGUGUUUCCAGCUGAUGUCAUCAGAAACGCUUAUCUUUUUGCCUAUAAAACAUAGAAACCCAUAAUUUUCACAUAUGUUGAUGUUGGGGUGGUGUUGGAGAUGAAUUAGUUUAUUUUUAUUUUUAUUUAUAUUGACCUUUAACAACCCGUUGACCUGUUUCAAACAUGUGUCCAUCCCCCGUCUUCUUUCGCCCAGUGGCUGCGGUCAGGGUGAGCCCGUGUCACUCCCGCCAGCCCUCCGUUAUCUCAGAUGCCUCGGCCAUGGAGGGUGACCGCUCAUCCACCCCCAGCGACAUCAACUCCCCUCGCCACCGGACACACUCCCUCUGCAAUGUAAGAGCUGCCCGCCCACCGCCGCAUCGCUCCAAGUAAUCAACUCCUUCACAACUCUUCUCUACUCCUAAUCUCUCCCAACAUCUGUAAAUAACUCCCAUGCUCAUUGACAAGACAGCAUAAACAAAUAUUGGACCAGGGCACUCUACUCCACCUCCCCCUCUCUGAAAGCCUGUCCCAUGUGCUGUAAUUAAGUCAGUUUCACCAGAACAGCCAAACUUAGACUUCACCAAAAAGUGGGUUUUCUUUGGGAUAGCUGCCUAAUAUGCCUACAUAGAGUUGCGUUACGAAUGAGAGGAAUUCAAUAUUGACCAAAAAGUGGGUUUUCUUUGGGAUAGCUGCCUAAUAUGCCUACAUAGUUGCGUUACAAAUGAGAGGAAUUCAAUACUGACCAAAAAGUGGGUUUUCUUUGGGAUAGCUGCCUAAUAUGCCUACAUAGUUACGAAUGAGUGGAAUUCAAUAUUGAAUUAUAACAAUUGGGCUGACGUGUUGGUUUCUGGCUAGUGUUGGAUCAUUUCCUAUGAAACUGUUAUGUUGACGUUAUACCAGCCACUUCAACUGUGGUUUUCCCACUUUCUCUUCAUUUGUUCAUUUCUCUGAAUGUGCUGACUAUUAGAUUACAGACACGUGCCUGGCUAGUUCACUCAGUAUCACCUCGUCCUUCUCAGUCAUUCUCUCUCUCUAUCGCCUUCCCUCACUCACUGUAGCUGUGUCAUUUCUCUGUUCUUCUCAUCUCUUCAUCUCAUUAUCUCUGAUCUCGACCGCCUCUCUCUUCCUGCAGUCACUAGAGGAUCUGGAGGACCAGAAGCGUAAGAAGAAGAAAGAGAAGAUGGGCCUGGGCUCUCUGUCACGUGUCUUCGCCCGGGGCAAGCAGCGCAAGUCAAUGGACCCGGGUCUAUUUGAUGGUACUUCAACUCCCGAUUAUUACAUAGAGGAAGAUGCAGAC